AUGUCAACUCCUGCACAAAAAGCCAACCUCGCUCGCAUCCGAGACAACCAGAGAAGAUCUCGGGCUCGGAGGAGGGAAUACAUCGCGGAACUUGAGCAGCGAUUAAGAGCUUAUGAACUGUCUGGCGUCGAGGCAAGUUCCGAGGUGCAGCUCGCAGCUCGGCGAGUGGCUGAAGAGAACAGACAACUGCGGGAACUACUUCACAAACACGGCUUCCAAGACGAAUACAUUUCCUCCUUCCUCCUACAGCAAGCCGGGGCAUCUUCAUCAACAGAUCCGGUCCAGGCGCUUCAACAAAUCAUUGCUCCUCGAAGGCCCGUGGCUCUGGAUUCCAGCGUGCCUUUUCCCCUGCCCAGCCAGGUGACCAGGGAAAUGCCAUCAGCGAGCUUAUCAGUCAGCGCGGCCCCUUGGGAUCCUCAGCAGGUUGCAAUGCCAUCGUUUGGACAUCCUCACGUUGCUGCUCAGCAGGUGGUGCCGCCAGGGCCGCAUACUUACACUUCGCCAGUCUUCACCGAAGGUCCAGCGGCCCCUCUGAGAUCAUCCUCCUUCCAACACCUGAACCCUUCGAGUUCCUUGCUCGAAGACGUCUCUCAGCACGGCGGAACCACUCAGCCAACCGUCGGAGAAAAUCCCGCAGCGUUGAAUUACAUGCCCAUGAAUCCGUACCAUACCCCUACAACCCGCGAUUUUCCUCCUCCUCAACAACCGCCGCCUCCUCCCGGAGGCUACUAUUGA